UUUGUUUGUGUGUCCGUGUCUUUGAAAUAUAAAAAGAAUCGCAAAAAUAAAGUGUCGGUGAAUUCCCAAUUCUUUUUUUUNUUUUUUUUUUUUUUUUUUUUUAUUUAACUCAUCUCUUCUCUUAUGUAACCGUUUCAGUUUCGAUUUCUCCAAAAGACCAGAUCGGGUCGAUGAUUCUUUAAAACAACUCAGUAAAUUUCUUUUAAAAAUAAUGGAGACGGGAGCGGCGGUGACGGCGACGGUUACGGCGGCGACGAUGGGGAUAGGGACGAGGAAGAGAGAUCUGAAACCAUACAAAGGUAUAAGGAUGAGAAAAUGGGGGAAAUGGGUGGCUGAGAUACGUGAACCGAACAAGAGGUCGAGGAUCUGGUUAGGUUCUUAUUCUACACCCGAAGCGGCGGCGAGAGCUUACGACACUGCUGUGUUUUACCUCCGUGGUCCUUCAGCUCGUGUUAAUUUCCCGGAGCUUUUGGCUGGCCUCACUGUUUCUGGAGGAGGAUUAGGUGGUGGUGGUGGUGACGGUGGGGAUAUGUCGGCGGCGUAUAUAAGGAGAAAAGCGGCGGAGGUUGGUGCUCAGGUUGAUGCGCUUGGUGCGACGGUCGUUGUUAAAUCGGAAACGAGCCGCGGCGGUGGUGAUUACGAGGAGGAUUGUGGUAAGAGUGGUCAUAACGGGUCGUUGGAACGGGUCGAUUUGAAUAAAUUACCCGACCCGGAAAAUUCGGAUGAUGAUGACGUGUGUACGAAGAGGAGAUGAUGAGUAUGAUAAAAAAAAAAAAAGUAGUUGUAGAGAGAAUGUUUUGUCUUCUUUAUGAUGCGCUUGUCAUCGCUAACAUGCGCUUCCAUGGUUUUUGGGUUUUUGGUUUCGUCCUCCAAAUGAUGAUUUAUAUUAAAAAAACUCAUGCUCGCUUGCUACUACAAAACAGAUUUUCAUGUUCUUCUUAUUCGUAUUUGGGGAAUAAUAAUAACGAUGUGUAAUUCAAAUUUGUGUGCCCUAAUAACAACUCGUAUUAUUCGA